AUGUCGAGCUAUCCUAAAUGUGAACAACAUCCUGAUGUUUUAAUAGAAGGUAUUUACAAAGCAAAUAAUAAACUUUAAAUCUAAAGAAAAGUUUGCAUGAAUUGUAUUUAACAACUCAAAAUACCUAUUGAAUAAGUCUUAUCAAGAGAAGAUUUCGUCAAACAUUUGCUUGAAAAAUCUUAACAAUUAAAUAUGAAAGAUGAAUUAAAAUAAAGUGAAUCAAAAAUGAUUUCGAAAAGAAACCUCCUUAAACUCGAUUUUAUGAUAGAAGAAAUAAAUUUAAUAUUUGCUAGUAUCAAGGAAUCAACCUAAGCAAUUUAAGCUGAAGAAAAAGAAAUGUAUGAUAAAUUUCUAAAGCUGAUUAAUCAAGAUUUGAAUCCAUAUGAAUGCUCUAAUCCUGAAAUAGAUUUUCGAAUAAAUUUUCUUGAUGGAAAUACUUUUGAAGAAUAAAUGAAAAGAAAAAAAACUAUGAGUUUUUUAGUUUAAAAUGCCUUUGAGAUUCUAAAUAGAAUCGUUUAAAAUCUAUAUCACACUUGCCAUUUGAUCGAAAAUAUUGAAAAAAAUUUGUAAGUUUCAUAUUAUAUUAAAGUAUGCAAUAAAGAACCUAAGAAACUGUCACCACGAUAGAAGGGUUAGAAAAUGAUAAUAAUCACUUAAAGUUAAUAAAUAUUCAUCUUAAGACAUUAAAGAGUGGAGAUAGGGUUUAUUAAAAAGAUGAUGGAUAAAUAUUAAGAAUGUAUAAUAAGUUUAAAAUUUUUAGGGAAAGAAAUAAUAUUGGAUCUAAAAAUUAAGAUAUAAUAUAUAAUAUAGAACAAUAAAAAUAUUUAGAGUUUAAAGGUAAUUAUGGAGUGAAAGGCUAUAAAAUUAAAUUAUGGAAUUAUUUUUGGAAAGGACAAUAUAUUGGAGGUGGGUUUUACAAUAUUAUGGGGUAAAAAGACGGUAAGUGGAUUGAUUUAUGUAAGAACUUUUGGGAGUAAUAAUAAAAUUUUAUAUUAGUAAUAAAAAUGUUCUAGAAAUUGGUUAUUAUUCAAAAGGAAUGAGAAUUGGAUAAUGGUCUUUCAACAGGAAUAAUUAAUAAAUGUAACAAUCAAGUCUAUCAAUUUAGUGGAGGUGGAUUGUAUGAUAAAGAAGACGGUUAAAAAAAGAUUGGAAAGUGGGUUGAAUUAGGUUAAGGGUAUUAAAAUAAUAAAUAAAUCACUUACAAUGGGGAAUAUAAUAUGAAAGGUAUGAAGAUAGGUAUAUGGAAUAUUAGAUAUUGUGAUCAGUAUGAGUAGCAAUAUAAAUAAAUGUAAAUUUUCUAUAAGUAUAGGUGAUAAUAAUAUAUUAGUGGUGGAGGUAUGUAUGAUGAUGGAGAUGAUUAGAUUAAGAUUGGGAAGUGGAUAGAAUUGGAUGAAGGAUUUUAUAAUUAUAAAUAAGUGACUUAUCAUGGUGAAUAUAACAAAAAAGGUAUCAAGGUUGGUAGAUGGAAUAUUAAUUUUGAUAAUAGAAAUGGAAAGGGGUAUAAAUAAAUGUAAAUAUAUUAUAUGUAUAGGUGAUAAUAGUGGUGGUGGAUUUUAUGGUGAGGCAUAAGGUUAGAUUAAAAUUGGGAGAUGGGUCGAGUUGGAUGAAAUGUUUUAUUUAGAUAAUGAAAUCACUUAUAAUGGUGAAUAUAAUAUGUAAGGUAUCAAGAUUGGAAAAUGGAUUUAAAAUGGAGGUUGGUAUGAUGGUAAAGAAAUAAAAUACGAUAAUUGA